AUGGUAGCAAUGAAGGCCAGAAUGGAUCGACUGGGGGAAGAUAAUCAAAGGCUUAGAAACAUUUUGAUUCAAUUGAACCGCAACUACAAUUCUCUUAAAAUGAAAUUACUUGCAGCAAUGCAGCAAGAUAACAACAGAAAUGGAGGUACAACUGUGGCUAGGCAGUUCAUGGACCUUGGCCCUGGGUUAAAGGCACCGGCGGCGGGGAUAAAUGAGGAUUCUUUGACGGAGAGAGUGAGCCAUAGGUGGUUGGAAUCGCCGGCGAGCGAGUUGGAGGAGGCAGGUCAUCAUGACUAUCUUCUCAAGAAGAAAUGUUGCGGUGAUCAUGACGGAAAGGGGAUUGUUUACAUGGACCGUGCGAUCAGGCGCGAUGGCAGAAGCGGCGAAGGAAUGUUCAGAGAAUUGAGACCUGACGGAGGUGGGCGUCCAAACCAAAAGGCUAUGCUGUCUUCUACUUCCAAGAGUUCUGAGCAGCAAGUGGGUGAGGUUACUAUGAGAAAAGCUCGUGUUUCUGUUAGAGCCCGCUGUGAAGCGCCCAUGAUCGCCGAUGGAUGCCAGUGGAGGAAGUAUGGGCAGAAGAUGGCGAAAGGAAACCCAUUUCCCCGAGCAUAUUUCAGGUGUACAAUGGCUGCAGACUGCACCGCUCGCAAACAAGUCCAGCGAUGCGCCGAGGACCGCACGAUCCUCAUCACCACGUACGAGGGUAAGCACCACCACCCUCUCCCGCUGGCCGCAAUGGCGAUGGCUUCCAUGACCUCCUCUGCCGCCUCGAUGCUUCUUUCCGGCUCCAUGCCCAGCCCUGACGCCGCCCUCAUCAAUCCCAACUUGUUAGCCUGUGCCGUCCUCCCCUGCUCCUCCACCCUCGCCACCUUCUCCGCCUCCACCUCCACCUCUUUCCCCGCCGUCACCCUCGAUCUCACCGGCUCCCCCGCCUCCCCUCUCCCUUGCCACAAAACCGAAUAUCCCGAGUUCCAAAUCCCGCAAAUCUUAGCCCAAUCGCUCUGCAACUACUCCAGUUUCUCGGGGCAGCAAAUGCCGGCUGGCGCCGGGGAUCAGAAACUACUAUCGCUUGCCGAGACGGUGAGGGCAGCGACGGCGGAGAUUACGGCAGAUCCUAACCUUACGACUUUGUUAACGGCUGCGAUUAAGUCUAUUAUUGGCAGCGAUGGAGAUGGGGGUGGAGCUCGGCAGGCAGAGAGUCCUGUGGCUGUUAGCAAUGAUACAGAGCUACGAAGUGUUUAA